UUUUGGCAAUUAGUUAAAACGAGCAAUUUUGAUGGUGUGCCUAAAAUCACUUGUCCUGCUUUUUAUCGUCCUCAAUGUAACUUUAACAUUUGGGCAAAAUGCACCAGUUCAGUUACUCAAUAAGGAAUUCAAAAUACAAUACUUUGCGAAGAUGACUUGGUUCAAUGCCCAUUUGUCUUGCCUCGACUGUGGUGGCCAAUUAGCAUCCAUUGAGACAGAAGUGGAACAAAAGUAUGUUGAAGGACUAAUACAUGAUUUGGAUCUGCAGAGUAAAAGUUUUUGGACGGCUGGGACGGAUCUUGCUAAUGAAGGAAUUUUCAAUUGGUUCACUACAGGCGAUGUGAUUACGUAUGCAAAUUUUGCACCGCUUCGACCUGACAACAAAAAUGGCACGGAACAUUGCAUUGUUUUAUUUGGAGCAGAGAGCCUGAAAUGGAAUGACUUUGAUUGCAACAGCUUAGCUUAUUUCAUCUGUGAAAAUAAACCGAAAUGUUACCUUUAAAAA